AUGGCAUCACCAACCUCUGCAUAUCAAACUCAGAAGGGCAACAUCAGCAAAGUUUUAAUGAUUGCUGUACUAGCUUUUGCCUCCAUAUUUCUUGGUCAUUUAAUGCCAUGCAUUAAUGCAUUUCCAGGUUCUCAAGAACUUGACAGGAUAAUAAAACUUCCUGGCCAGCCAAGAAGUCCACAAAUUUCUCAGUUUUCAGGAUAUAUUAAUGUCAAUGAAGCUCAUGGGAGGGCCCUUUUCUAUUGGUUCUUUGAAGCUCAAUCCCAACCAACCAAAAAGCCCCUUCUCCUCUGGCUCAAUGGAGGGCCUGGAUGUUCAUCAAUUGGAUAUGGUGCAUCAGCAGAAUUAGGUCCCCUUAGAGUUACUGAAAAUGGAGUUGGUCUUGACUUCAAUAAGUACUCCUGGAACCAAGAAGCCAAUCUACUGUUUGUGGAAUCUCCAGUUGGAGUUGGAUUCUCUUACACCAACACAUCCUCUGAUCUCAAGAAAUUGACUGACAAGUUUGCUGCUGAGGAUGCCUACAACUUCAUAGUACAUUGGUUGGAUAGAUUUCCUCAAUACAAGACUAGAGAUUUCUACAUAUCAGGAGAGAGCUAUGCUGGCCAUUAUGUGCCUCAGUUAGCAGAGCUUGUGUUCGACAGGAACAAGUAUGGAUCAAAGUACCCACACAUAAACCUAAAAGGUUUCAUUGUAGGAAAUCCAGAAACUGAUGAUUAUUUAGACAACAAAGGAUUAUUAGAGUAUGCAUGGAGCCAUGCAGUAAUCUCAGAUCAGGAGUAUGAAAAGGCUAAACGAGUCUGCAACUUUAAGCACUUUGACUGGACUAAUGACUGUAUGGAAGCGAUGUCUGUAGUCUUCAAGAUUUACAAUGAGAUUGACAUAUACAACAUUUAUGCACCUGCCUGCCUAGUCAAGAGCAACUAUUCUUCUUCUUUGACUCAAGCCAAUCAGAGUUACAGAAUGAGGAACACGAGAUCUCUCCUUGGAGGGUAUGACCCCUGCUACUCCAAUUGUGCUGAAGACUAUUUCAACAGAGUUGAUGUUCAAACUGCAUUCCAUGCUAAUACAAGAGGAUCAAAAUCCACAGUGAAAUGGGCAACCUGCAGUAAUUCGGUGUUCAAAGAAUACAAUGAUACAGUCCCUUCUGUCCUACCCAUAUACAAAAAACUCAUCAAAGGUGGACUCAGGAUCUGGAUUUACAGUGGUGAUGCUGAUGGCAGAGUUCCAGUAAUUGGUUCAAGAUACUGUGUUGAGUCCCUUAACCUGACACUCAAAAGUCCAUGGCAUUCUUGGUACCACAACCAUCAGGUUGGAGGAAGAUUGGUUGAAUAUGAUGGAUUGACAUUUGUAACAGUUAGAGGUGCCGGUCACCUUCAAGCUCUCACUGGACAGAAACUCCCAGAAACCCAACAGACAACAAAGCUUCCUUUUGAUUCUGAGAGAGCCUCACCUCAUUCAGACAGGAGUAUGAGCGGUACUAGGUGGAGAGUAAAGAGUACAUCUUGUGGUAUGUUGAUGGAGGGGAUGACUGUGGAGGUCAGUGGUCAAAAGGAAGAAGAUUCCAAGGAAUCAUGGUAUCGAGCAACAAUUGUUAAAUCAUUAGGAGAGAGAAACUUCUUGGUUGAGUAUCAAACUCUCAGAACAGAGGAUAAGUCUCGGUUUCUAAUGGAAGAGGUGGACGUUUUAUACAUUCGACCUUGUCCCCCUGUCAUUGAGCGAGUUGAGUGUUUUGAAUGUUCUGCCCAAGUUGAUGCUUGGUACAAUGAUGGUUGGUAUGUUGGCCACAUUUCUGAAGUAAUUGGUGAUGACAAAUACAUAUUUUGCUUCAAGAAUACAAGUGAAGGAAUGAUGUUUGAACGCAGUAAUUUGAGGCUUCAUCAAGAUUGGGCCAUGGGUACUUGGUUUGCAGCUUCCAAUAGAGGUUCAACUUCCAGGGAGACAAGAACGAAAGAGCUGAAAGUGAGAAUAAAAUGUGGUGGAAAAACAUCGGAUCUUGAGAAGGGGUCGAUGGUUGAGAGGAGUUCCGGUCAGGUAGCCACAACAAAUGCUAAACGGCUGAAAGUGGGGAUAACAGCCCAUCGAACAACAUCAGAACAAUUAUUUAUCAAGGGGAUGAUGGUGGAGGUCAAAAGUGAUGAGCAAGGCUACCUUGGUUCUUGGUACACUGCACAAGUAGUUGGCCAAACUGACGACAGGAAGUAUUUGGUUGAAUAUCAGACACUAAAAACAGAAGAUGAGUCUGAACUCCUUGUAGAACCCGCAGAGAGUUAUUUCAUUAGACCUUGUCCUCCUCAAAUAACAAAGGCCGACGGCUAUAAAAUGCUCGAAGAAGUUGAUGUUUGGUUUAAUGACGGAUGGUGGGUUGGCGUGAUAAGCCGGAAUCUUGGUGCACGGGGUUUUGCAGUUUAUUUCUGGACCACGAAUGAGGAACUGGAAUUCAGUCAUCGUGAUUUGAGGCCUCAUCAAGAAUGGAUUGGUGGAAAAUGGACUACUGUUUUCCGGAAGAAGCCUGAGUUGUCGAUGAAUUCCAAGCUAGGAAGAGUAAUUGGACCAAAAGACGAAUCAGCAUUGGGUGAAUGUUUUCUCAACGAAUCAAGGGUGGAGGUAACAAGUGAUGAAGAAGGUUACAAGGAUUGUUGGUACCCGGCCAAAGUUCUAAGAUCUGUUAAAUACAGAAAGUAUUUGGUUGAAUAUGCUACCCUGACCACUGAUGAUGAAACUGAACUUCUCAAACAAGAAGUAGAUGCUCUGUGCAUAAGGCCCUCCCCGCGGUGGAUCUCUGGAAGUGAACGGUUCAAAUUAUUUCAAAAAGUCGGUGCAUGGUAUAAUGAAGGAUGGUGGGUUGGUUUAGUAUGUGAAGUUGCCAUGAAUGGUACAUACAUGGUUUAUUUGACUAACAUAAAAGUACUUGAGUUUCAGCACUCUGAUCUGAGGCCUCAUCUAAAUUGGCUUAAUCAGCAAUGGAUCUCUGUUGCAAGUUAA